UAUUUUUAUGUCAUUUGAAUGGGGGUCAAAAUAAUAAAAUAAGCACUUCCAUGGCUCUCUCUGAAGAGUUAUCUCACAUAUUUCCUGAAUAAGUUGGAUCAGGGGCAGACUGACAACUCAUGGGGCCCCCGGGCAAUAGGGGAUCAUGGGGCCCCUGUGUCCUUGCCCACACUCAAACCACACCCAAAAAAGCCUAUGGAAGGUACCAGGGGCAUCUCAUGGGGCCCCCUACUGACCCCGGGCCCUCGGGCAAUGCCAGAGUUUCCAAAUGA